CAGCAGAUGCAUUUUAAAUAUAAGUCAGGAUAUAUUCACAAUGCAAUUGUACAAUUGUUUUUUAAUGGAUAAAGUAGUUCGAGAGAGAACUACUUUCUAUGUACUACGAAGCAAUGCCUAUAACGGCCAUGAAUGGUUAGUUCUGAAGCAAGAUUUUUAAAGGUGACAAUAUACUUGGAUACAAGUAUAUUUUAGAAUUGACACAGUGUUGCCUGAGCUUCGGAAGAAAUUGUAUGCAUGACAGGAACAGGAGACGUAGGUCGCAGACGUGUUGAGUGGCGCCGAAACGCAAAUAUUGUUCUCUAUAACUGUUGAAUAAUUUUGGAAAGAACCAAAUAAGCUGGAUAGGUGGCUAGACGCUACCCAUAGUAAAGAGGGGCUGCGUGGGCAUGCAGCAGCCUCAGUCACGCCCUCUUCUUGGGGACUCAGUAUCCUCUACAACUUCCCCGAAUGCGCGUCAUAAUAAUCCAGUUACUGUUUUGACCCAACAACAAUUGCAGCAAUUACAACAAUUACAAGCCCAGAAUAGCAGUGGCCAGUCGCUGACAUUUGCUUUGCAACAGACAUCAAAUAAUCCACAAGAGCAAGGAAAUGGGUCGGCAACUGGAAAUCACAUAGUCUACGUAAAUCAGUUGAAUCAAUUGAAUCAGAGUACCAUAAAUCCCUCGGGGACUGGUAUGGGCCUACCCCCGGCCACCCCCACUUUUGGGGUGGGCCUUAAUAUGGGAUUGCCACUAUCACUUCUAAAUACCAGUCUUACAUCUCUCACAUCCAAUGUUAUCACCACAUCAAAUCCUCUGCUGAAUUUGGGCUUGCCAAGUAUAAGCACAGGGCUAACUACGAUAAAUCCUAGCCUGAGUCAUUUAAAUGCUAUCAAUUCCAAUCUAACGUCCAAUAUUGGUUCAAACAAUAUUAAUAACAGUUUGUCCAACUUGGGACAAGAUUUAAAUAGCAUUAAUACAGGAGUAAAUACUGGGAUAAACAGGCUCAAUACAAUAAAUUCAAAUAUUAAUUCUGGGCUAUCUGGAGUAAAUACUGGACUAACCGGUCCAAAUUUAGCAAAUCUAAACUCAUCGAGCGUAAAUCAGAAUCUUACUGCAUUGAAUACUAAUUUAACUGUCGCGAAUUCCGGCGUGUCUGGUUUAUCUGCAAUUAAUCCGAAUACAAAUUUGACUACUACCAGUAUAAAUUCUGGUGUAAAUCAAGGUCUUAAUCGAUCUGCAAAUGCCCUGGCAACUGGUUUGACGCCAACUAGUUUGAAUUCUAGCAGUGCACAGUUUCCAUUCCAAACGAUACAGAGCAUUCAGACUAUUGCACCACACAUUGUUGCCUCGUCAAAUAUAGCACAUGUACCAAACUCUGCUAUAUCGCAACAUCCUAAUUCAAAUAUCUCAACAAUCUCACAAAUCUCUAAUUCUGGAACUCUGACUAGUUCCAGCAUAUUCACAAGCACUCCCAGUGAAUCGAUUCAUGCAACCACUGCAAAUGUGAAUCACGCUUCGAACGUGAAUCUCACUACAAACAUACCGCACCUUGGUACAAUGCACCCUAAUUUAUCAAAUAUAUCGACGUCAAAUGUACAACAUAUAUCCGCAAAUGAACCGACCAUGUCAUUGAGUCAUGUUUCUUCUUUAAGUUCCUCCCAGUCAACUGGAUUUCAACCACAGCGACAAUAUUCACAGGGGAUAAGCCCUGGGUUAAAUGCAUCAGUCGCAUUAACAGGCACAACACAACCGUCGAAUGUGGUCAGUACUAUGAAUACUGUUAAGUCUAUGCAAAAUAUUCAAGGUCAAAACAUUAGUUCGCCGGGUAGUCCGUUUUCAAUACCCUUGAAAAGUCCAGCGUCUAAUAUAGCACCACCUACGCCGAGUCCUAGCCCUAAUCGACUUUUACUUAGAAGUCCGGCUUCAAACUCGAUACAGUCCAAUCGGAAUAGUCCAAGCCCAGUCAGCACGUCGACUUCGAACAGUAACUUUAACAUGCAGAUGCAAAGCCCCAUGCAGAGUCCGAUGAGUGUUAGCCAAAUACAGAGCCCUGUACUUAGCCCGUAUCCCCCUGCAAAAAGUCCUCAUCUAUUAAGCGGGAGUAAUUCUCUCAACAAUAGAAGCCCAGCACCUGGAGGUAGCCCUGGUCCACCUGUGGUUAGGCCUAAUACACCCAUAUUACAACAAGGAAUGCAGGUGUUACAAAUAAUUCAUGGUACACCACAGGGUUAUCAAUCUACCCCAACUCAGCUGGUGACUAGGACUCAAUUAUUUGGAAAUCAGCAAAUACAAAUAGCGACGAGUAAGCCUACCAAGCAACCACCACAAAUUUUGCCAAAACCACCAAAUCAACAAACUAAUACUUCUCAACAAAAGACACAAAGAGUUACUACUACAAUUACAAAUCAGGUAACCCAACAGAGUCAACCACAAAUUGUUCUUGCUGGACCACAACCAAGUCCUACUACAGCAACAAUGAUCCCAACAGCACAGGGUUUAUUACUGAAUCAGGUAUUGCCGUCUACCGCACCUGUUAUUGUACAGCAAGGCGUACAACCGGGAGGCGUUCAACUCAUAUUAAGGACGCCAGCAGGCGCGCAGCAACAAACGCAUACCGCACAGUUAACACAACAACAACACUUGGUAAGGGUUGUCACAGCACAAGGUAUGCAACUGCAAGGGAUUACGCCCACAUUCUUUGCUGUACCAAACGGAUUUCCUUCAACUGCAUCUCCAGUAAUAAGGCAUACUCCAUCUAGUCCUGCACCAGCUAAUUCUGGGACUACCAAUCCUAUCGUAAUCCAGAAUGCUAUGGUACAAAGUCCUCAAUCGCAAAUUUCACAAGUUACAUCUGGCAAUACAACUGGCAAUACUUCGUGUACACAACCUGUGUCGGAACAAAAUCUGCUGCCACCUCCUAAGAAGAAAGCGAAAAAGAAGAAAAAAGCUAAACGAAAAGAUGAUGAACCGAAGUUAGAUCUCGCCCGUAUUAUAAAGAUAUCGGGUAUAGGGGACGAUGAUGAUAUUUUUGAUUCUGAGCUGACAACUGAACCCGAGAUUCCUUGUCAAGUACAGCAAAAUGAAACUACAUCUGGCCAAUCUUUCGGGCAAUUUUCAUCGCAAGGGACAGUUCCUGUUAGCUCUACUCUAACUCAAGUACCUGGAACAAACACAACGAACACGCAAACUUCUGUAGCGCAGCCGCUUAACAAUCAACUUGUCACCCAACUUCAGAUGCCUGUACAAAAUUCGUUAACGGGACAGUUUCGCUUAUCAAUUGGAGAAGAUGGAAAACAACUUAUUUUACAUCAUACCCCCGAUCCUAAUCAACCUGAAAUAGAUUCGGCUACCGCGCAAGCUUUAAUACGAUCUCUGACUCAAGGUAGCGGACAAAACUCUCAGAUUAUCUCGCAAUUUUUCAGCCAAUCGCAAAGUACGUCACAAUCUACUCAAAAUACAACUCAGCAGAGACAAAAAUACGUGAAAUCUCCUUUAACUAGUGGAAAUCAAGCUUCAACUAUAAGUUCUACAUGCUCGCAAAAUGUCACUUGUACUACUAGUCCGCAUCAUGGUCAGAUAUGUUCGAAAGCGAUUAAUCAACAGAAGAAUAUAAAUGUUGUUCCUCAAGAGACUAAUUCACUACCUAAUCUCUGCGUUCAAAGUAACCUCGGAUCUUUACAAGAGACACAAACAUCAAAGAAUAUCAAUGUACAAAAUCUGAUGCAAAUUAAGAAUGUUCAUCCUACAUUAUCACAAACAAGCAAUAAUACUCCUCUGAAUGCUCCAGAUGUUUUAUCUACAAAGUCUUCACCUACUGUAUUUGGCAUUCAAAGUCCUCGAAUAUCUAAUGCAAGGCAAACAAAUUCAAAUCAACAGAAUUCCAAUCUUUCUCUACAAAAGUCUAGUCAGGCACGACUCAUGAAUACUUGCGUAACAAAUGUACGACAAAAAAUGGGAAAGCAGUCACAGCGACAACAUGUACAGAAAUCAUUACCUUGUACUUCAAUAGCACAAAACGAUCAUAUGACUAAGACUAAUCACAGUCUUCAGCGAACGAAUCAACAAGAAACUCUAACACUACAGCAGGAAUCACCAUUAUUUCAACAUAAUCAACAAAUUACUGCACAAACUGUACAAACUCAAAAUGUACAACAAAUAUUUGAACAAAAUUUACAGAGCUCAAACAUACAUCAUAAUUCCAUGAAUAUAUUACAACAACAAAGUUCUUGUAACACUAUGCAACAACACGAUACUAUGAAUGUUUUACAUUCAAGUAUACAACAAAAUACGAUUAAUGUAUUACAAAAUACAGCUGGUAAUGUUCAAAAUAUGGAACAAAAUUUGCAAUCAGGUAUCAAAGACUUAACUCAUGCACAGCAGAAUGUUAUGACUAGUUUGCAACAACAAAAUACAUCUGCUGUUUUACAUAACACGAGUGUCCAACAAAAUGUGAAUGUUCAGCAACAAAAAGUAGUGACAGCAAAUACCUUCUCUUCCGUUAAUGCACAUCACUUUGAGUCUCAGAACUCGGCUAAUGUCAUACAGCAAGGAAUCAAUACACAACAAAACAAUCAGAAUCAGAAUAUAUUGAUCACAAACACUCCUGCCUCUAAUACUUCUAAUAUCACUCAACAAAAUGAAUCUCAAAAUGUCGAAUCCCAGAGUGCAAAUAUAUUAAAUUCAGCAGCGAACAAUAUAUUAAAUAACGCACCUAAAAUUACUCCUGAAAUUUUAAAUGCGUUAAGAAACUUGAAUCCUAACGAUCAACUACUGAUCGCAAAUGCGAAUGGCCAGAUGCAGGUAAUCAGUCAGCAACUCUUGCAACAACUUUUGGCUGGACAAUUAAACGCGCCAAAUCAGACACAGAAUCAAAACCAAACGCAGAAGAUAGUAAUUGGCGAGCCAGAUGCAAGUAAUCAGAACUUGCAAGGAGUUCAGAUCAACACUCCAACGAGUCAAAUAAUUGUGAAUAGUUCUGGUGGCGCUCCAACAAUUCAAAAUAAUAUUCAGAACAUCGUGGUGCAAGCUGCACCAUCCCAGAUGCCUCAACAUAUACAAAUUCAAAAUUCUGGCUUUCCUAAUCAAUUUAUUGACAACUUAAAUCAACAACAAAUUAGGAAUUUGGGCAACAAUCAACCAAAGAAAGCGAAAGUUGUGAAAAAGAAAGUUGCUGGUACUGCUCAAAACAUUGUAAACUCACAGACAAAGACAGCAACUGUUACUCGACCAACAAUGGUUACAGCGAAUACAUCUAAUUUACAAAAAGUUGACAAUUCUAAUAAAACAAACCCAACGAUAUCUCAUAAUACAAAUCUUACUAAAAGCGAAUCGACUCAAAUCAUUACCAAUGGUCCAUUGGUUUCGACUUCUGCCAGCAGCCAUGUAUCAGUUCCCUCAAACGGUCAAAUGCUACAAAGAGUACAAACUAUUCAGUUACCUGCUCAAUUGCAGCAAUCGCUGAAAAAUAUUCAGUCACAAAUUCAAGCUAUUUCAUCUCGAAAACCUCAUGAUCAAACAGCAUUGAAUAAAUUACACAAGGAACAAUCAAAGAUAAUAUCCCUUGGGAAAGUCAUUAGCACUACUACACAAUCUGUCAAUAGCACUGCCGAAACAACAUUCAGUGUAAAUGUAGUUUCAACCGUUGCAUCAAAUAUUCAUUCACAAAAUUCAUUCAAGAAUCAGACAUCAGCGGCGCAAACACAAACACAAACGCAAACUUCCAUUCCUACUAUGCCAGCAACAUCUCAAACUCUAAGUCCAACCACGUCUGUAACAAUGCCGACUAGCUCCAAUAAUAAUUACAUUAACAAUAUCACGAUGCCGCAAAGUGUACAAGGACAACAGUCAAGUAUGUCGAACACUGUGACACAGACUGUGCAUCAAACGCACACUAAACAGCAUAAGUUUUAUCAGAAUCACGGGACUCAGAUAUUGAAUCCGUCCUCUGCGAACAUACAAAUCUUUUCACCACCGAUUACUUCUGUAGCAACUCCACAAUUACAGAGCAACGCACAACAAUUGACCCAAGUUCAAACACAGCAGCAGUCAGGCAUACAAUGUCAACAACAAUCGACUCAGUGUCAAACAGAUCCAUUGGAUUUCAAACCAAAUAUACAGACACCGAGUCCUGUGAAGCAGGAACUCUCUUCUCCUAUCCAAGUUCAAGUGCAAAGCGGCUCUCCUGCGAAUCAAGUAACAUCGCCUAGAAUGAUAAGCAAGGGAACACAAAGAAUUCAGAGUCCUGUAAAUACUAAUGGAAGUACAGUGAAACAACUUGUCAGUCCUAACAGCAAUACCAAUCCCUUAAUAAGUCCAAGGCAAGGCGUAAAAAGGCGUGCAACUAGCCCGAUUUGUAGGCAAUUGAAUCGCAGCGAUGUAGUGGAACAACAAUUACAAAUUGAUCAAAAUGGUGCAACCAAACCGGAUAUGAAUACACCAUUCUCAAGCAAACGUGAUGCUUGCAAACGUUUAGUAAGAUAUCAUUGUUUAAAUGAGCAAGUACUAGGACCCAAGGAUCUGACAAAAGCAGAUGAAAUAUUUGAAGAGACAGCAAAACAUUUAUUAAGCAAAUUCAACUGUAUGAUAAAUAAAUACACGUAUCUUCUCCUAAUGGAAAGCAUGCGCGAAGUCAGGACGUCAGAAUUGAUGAUGAUCGAUAGGACUUUUGUGGCUGAAGAGCAAAGUAUUCUUAAUAGGUUACGAGAACAGGAAGCAAAACUUAGCGAAGAGUUUAAGAAGGAAGAAAAACCGUUGGUGCCAAAAGUUGAACCUGGCCUUGUGGAGGAGAAUAAAUCAACAUUAACAACAUCGUCAUCUUUGAUGAAUGUAUCUGUAAAGCGCGAGUUAGAAGAUGAUUUCCCAAAUGAUGAAAUGGAAUGCAAACCAGUGAUUAAAUCGUCAAGUAGUACUAAUAAUAGUGGCGAUUAUGACGAGUGGCUGGAAAUCCAGAAAGAACUAGGUGUAUAUCCGUCUACUGCAGACACUUUGAAGUGUAAAAACGGCAAUAACAGUGGUAGUAGUGCGUGCGCUGUUACGAGAUCAUCAAAAAUUGAAAGAACACGAGCAAAUGGCGAGUGUCUUCGUACGAAUGUUGCAAAUACGAAUGUACCCGGUGUCUCAAACACGAUUAUGAAGGACGAUUGCGAGCAGGAUGUAAAUACGUCCUUUGAUAGGCGUUGGUGUAGUGCCACUGAUCUUGAACGGGAUUUAUCGGAGGAUACCGACUUGGAUGGAUUGGCUUUGCAUUCGCAGACGCAAUGUUCAAGCAGCACUGUAAUGAGUAGCGAAAGUGGAAAUACUGGUAACGAACAUGACGAAAUUAACGCGCAAGUACAGUCUGCCAUUGACAGCAUUCUUAAUCUUAAGCAACGUCCUACGAACAGUCUAUCAGGUAGCGGCAAUGGUAGUUCGUCAUCGCAAUCAGGCGACUCGAAAGACACUGCGUUGGACCAAGCAGUCCGCAGCAUUUUAGGCUCGUGACCCUCCUUUAGUAAAGUAUGUUAAGAAGUGAAAGUUAAUAGUUGAAUCAAGCGUUCAAUUAAUGCAUCUUAAGAAUUUUAGAGAAACUAUAAGUCGAUUUUUCAUGGUUUUUGUGGAUAUCACUGAGAUCUACCUAUCAUGGGAACUAUAUGUUUUAGUAAUAAUGUCGAGCAGACUGUUUCCAAUACUGCAUAUCUUGAAGAGCACAGAUAUAAUUACUAAAUUAUUUGUAUAAAUCAUAUGCGACUUUAUUAUUUUAUUUAUACGUUAUUCAGCAGAGGCAAACUGGAUCGCGCAUACAUGUGCAGUAUAAUACUGAACAUUUUCAUCAAAGAUUCUGUUUUACAAUGGCAAUAAUUAUUCAUAAUAUACAAACAUGUAUACUUUCCAGUAGUCUAGCUGUAAUAAAAAAAGAGCCACCGCGUAAAUCUAAUUUUAACAGCUGUACAUGUGAAUAGAUUUAGAUAGAUAACUCGCUCAGAUUUUUCAAUAUGCCACUUUGUAAUGUAAUUUUGUAAAAAGUAAUUAUUUAAAGCAACUUAUUCCAAUUUAUCUGUAGUACUCGUAGACGAAUCUUAUGAUACUUAAAAAAUGGGUCGGUGAAUAUUGUACAUACGUUUUUAAGGUAUAUUAAUAUUAUUACCAUAAUAUUAUUUGUAUUAUUGUUAUUGAGAUUUAUUCUCAGAAUUAUUAUUAUCAUAUUACCAUCAUUAUAUGAUUAACACCAUCAUCAUUGGAACAUAUGGGAAAAGCAAAGAGAAAGUAAUAGUAUAAGAGACUGCCAUGUAAAAUCGUGGAAAAAUGCGAAAUGCAAAUUAAUACAAUAUACAAGGUGAUCCAUUAUUGGUGAUGCAAAAGAUGAUAAUCCCUUAAAAGACAAAUCGUGAAAAUGUCGAAUAAAGUUUUUUCACAAGACUUUGUAUCUCUCAGAAAUAAUCUCCGAUAAAAAUUAUAGAAUAAGAAUAGUUUCCUCUUAGAUUUAUUCUUUGCAAAUUAGUUAUAUCACCAAUAACAAAUCAUCUUGUACAAAAAGCAGAAAGGGAAUAGAUAACAAUUGUGCGAGUUAUUUUAAAUUUAUUUCUAUUUGACAUGCAGUCUCAGUGUCAAGACGCAAAAUCAAAGAGACAAAACUGUUUCUAAAUAAUGUAUAGAGUUUUAAAAUUUUUUUUAACAUCACAUAUGGAUUCAUAAUAGGUAUGUGGGUAAUCGAUGGAAGUUAGAGAGUGAAUGUGGAAAAAGAAUCACAUAAUAAUCACAGAUCAAUUGAGAAUAUCUAUCUAUAUAAUUAUCGAAAUGAGCAUGCAUUCCUAUGAUUAAUGUAUGAUUUUAUUUUUAUUUUUACGUGCGAAUAUUUUAUACAAAAUAUUCUACUUAAAAUUAAG